AUGAAAGGACAAAAAGGAGAGCAGAACAAACUCCUAACAGGAGCUGAAUCACUCAUGGCCUACGAGACAGAGGAGACUCAGUACUGCUAUCCUGCCUUCAACUCAUCAUGUGUAAAAGGAAAACGCUCCAAUUAUGAAUCCAAUAUCUUGUAUGUGUUUUUUUCACUGCUGUCAGCAUGGACUGUGUUUCUGAACCUGCUGGUGAUCUUCUCCAUCUCUCAUUUCAAGAAGCUUCACACUCCAACCAACAUGAUUAUUCUGUCUCUGUCUGUGGCUGAUCUGCUUGUUGGACUUAUUGUGAUGCCAAUAGAGGCCACUGAACUAAUUGAGACGUGUUGGUACUUUGGAGACACUUUGUGUAACCUGUUUUUGAUACUAAUGGGUCUCCUCACUUCUACAUCUCUUUGUAGUUUAGUUUUAAUUGCUGUGGAUCGUUAUGUCGCUGUGUGUCAUCCUUUAAUGUAUCCACAGACAAUAACAAUGAAUAGAACUUUAAUCAUUGUUUGUUUCAGCUGGUUUUUUUCUUCAGCUUAUAAUAUUAUUUUAAGCAUCACUCAUACAUCAGAUGGGUGCUACGGUGAAUGUAAUGUUCAACUAACUUUUGAAUGGAAAGCGACUGAUUUGGUACUUUCCUUCCUGCUUCCUUGUACAGUGAUCAUAACUUUACAUUUGAGGAUAUUUUAUGUUGUUCAUCAGCAGGUGAAGGUUAUAAACUCUCAAAUGAAGAGUGAAAAAUGUGUAAUGGAGGGUUCAGUGAAGAGAAAAUCUGAGAGCAAAGCAGCUUUGAUAUUAGGAAUUAUUGUGGCAAUUCAUCUGAUUUGUUUUAUUACAUAUUAUAUCUUGACUCUAACUGAUAGCAUGGCUAUUCCACCCACCGUACUCUCCUGUCUAAUAUGUUUUUUAUACAUUAAUUCAAGUCUGGACCCUCUUCUCUAUGCUCUCUUUUACACCUGGUUUAGAAAAUCAAUCAAGCACAUCUUAACUCUUAAAAUAUUUCAACCGGAAUCCUCUCAGGUUAAUAUUUUGACAAAUCAUUAAUGAUGUUUUAAUAUAAUUUGUUUAAAAAUGAAAGAGCCUGUUUUUCAAAGUGCUCCCUCUUUUGUAAUUUAGAAAGCAUUUUAGAUUUUAUUCAAACAAAUACACAAAAAACAUGUAAAUGUAUGUGCCAUUAAUUUGUUCAUUCUCUGUAUGUUGCUGACAUGAUCAGGAGACUUAUUGUGAUGCCUAUGGAGGCCAUCAAACUGACUGAGAUGUGUUUGAACUUUAAAGAUAUGUUGUAUGACUUGCUGCUGAUAGUUGUGGUCUGCUUAUUUUCUUUUUUUUAUUUAGUUUUGAUUGUUGUUGAUGAUUAUGUAGCUGUGAUUUCCCCCUUAAUAUAUCUACUAAAAAAAAUAACAAUGACCAGAACGUUAA